AUGAAUCGUUUUCGAGUCUCUCGUCCUCGCCGUUCCGCUCAGAAAGGGGCUGCUACUAAGGCUUUGGCAGUCUUGAUCGAAAGUUCCGGUGAAACUUCCGAAAUGCCGUGCAGCAAUUGUCAUCGUCAUUGCUGUGCUUGCGUGGUUGAUCUUUCGAAAUCGAACUCGUGUAGCGAGUGUGUUCGUCGCAAGACUUCUUGUGACGGCCAUGACAUUGCUCGUCGUUUAUAUCAAUCCAUGAAGGAUGCGAAUCGUCUCGAGGAGGAGGAAGACAAGCUGUUGCGCAGCUCGGUGGAGAUUCAGUCUCGGCUGUUGCGCGUGCGGGAGCAGAAGCGCCAUCUCCAGAAGCGUCAGAAGGAAAUGUUUGAUCAUGGGAUGGCUGAUCUAGCGGAGGAGCUUGGUGAUACUGAUCCUCUGGUUGAGGAGUCCGCUAGUUCUUCCGGCGUCCCUGCUGCUUCCGUUAAAUUGACCGGGGGGUUGGUUUUUGAACAAUGGGCUCAGGAGAAUGGUUUGGAGAUGCCUGAUUUUGAGGUGGUUGCGGUCGGUCAGGGUUCUGGCGAUGCCAAUCCUCAAUCUCUUUCUUGA